CGGCAACACUGUCCCACAUAUUAGGUUUUUAGCCGUCCGAUAAAUUCGAAUCUUGUGUAAGAAUCCGGUAACGAGAUCGGACGGCAGAGAGGAUGACAUAUAAGAUAGGCGUAUAAAAAGGAAUUGCAUAGUAACAAUUCUCUCAAAUGCUGGGGAUAUUUUCAUCGUUUUCAAAAUAUAAAUCAACCAGUAGCCUUCACAAAAAUCCUUCACUCUCACCGUGGCUCUUCUUUAACUCUCGCUAGUACUCCGUAAGCUUAGAAAGGCUCUGCAUUUUCCGGCCGACGCAUACCGGCGGAGCUAGGGUUCCGGCUAGGAUGGGAACGACGGUGCUUUCGGUUUUAGCGACGGAGAUCGUGAUUCCCGUCUGCGCCGUGGUCGGGAUAAUCUUCUCGCUCGUGCAGUGGUUUCUGGUCUCGCGCGUGAAGCUCACGACAGAGCGGCACGGGUCGUCUUCCUCUCCUAACAGCAACAAGAACGGGUUCGGCGACUAUCUCAUCGAAGAGGAAGAAGGCCUUAACGACCACAACGUCGUCGUUAAGUGUGCUGAUAUACAGAAUGCAAUUUCUGAAGGUGCGACGUCCUUUCUCUUUACUGAAUAUCAGUAUGUUGGGGUCUUCAUGGUUGCUUUUGCAAUCUUGAUCUUCAUCUUUCUUGGAUCUGUUGAGGGCUUCAGUACAAAGAGUCGGCCCUGCACAUAUGAUGAUCAGAAGAUGUGUAAGCCAGCGCUUGCCACUGCCAUCUUCAGCACUGUGUCUUUUUUGCUUGGUGCUAUUACCUCAAUCCUGUCUGGUUACCUUGGGAUGAAAAUUGCCACUUAUGCAAAUGCAAGGACAACAUUGGAAGCUCGAAAAGGUGUUGGGAAAGCUUUCAUCAUAGCAUUCAGGUCUGGUGCGGUGAUGGGAUUUCUGCUUGCUGCAAAUGGUCUUCUGGUUCUGUACAUCGCUAUCAAUCUCUUCAAGAUUUACUAUGGUGAUGAUUGGGAAGGCCUUUUUGAGGCCAUUACUGGUUAUGGUCUUGGUGGAUCAUCCAUGGCUCUUUUUGGAAGAGUUGGUGGUGGAAUCUAUACUAAGGCUGCUGAUGUUGGUGCAGAUCUGGUAGGGAAGGUUGAGAGAAACAUUCCAGAGGAUGACCCAAGAAAUCCAGCUGUGAUUGCCGAUAAUGUUGGUGAUAAUGUUGGGGAUAUUGCUGGAAUGGGAUCUGAUCUUUUUGGAUCAUAUGCUGAAUCGUCCUGUGCUGCCCUUGUUGUUGCUUCCAUCUCAUCUUUUGGGAUCAAUCAUGAUUUCACUGCUAUGUCCUAUCCUCUCCUUAUUAGUUCCAUGGGUAUUAUUGUUUGUUUGAUCACAACCAUCUUUGCCACUGAUUUCUGUGAGAUCAAGGCUGUCAAAGAAAUUGAACCAGCUCUGAAAAAGCAGCUCAUCAUCUCCACUGUUCUUAUGACUGUUGGAAUUGCAGUCAUUAGCUGGAUUGCUCUGCCAUCAUCAUUCACAAUUUUCAAUUUUGGGACCCAGAAAGAUGUAAAGAACUGGCAGCUGUUCUUAUGUGUGGGUGUUGGUUUGUGGGCUGGACUUAUUAUUGGGUUUGUGACUGAGUAUUAUACCAGCAAUGCUUACAGCCCUGUGCAAGAUGUCGCUGAUUCCUGCAGGACUGGUGCUGCAACCAAUGUUAUCUUUGGGCUUGCUUUGGGAUAUAAAUCUGUCAUUAUUCCUAUUUUUGCCAUUGCAGUCAGCAUUUUUGUUAGUUUUAGCUUUGCUGCAAUGUACGGCAUUGCUGUUGCUGCCCUUGGGAUGCUGAGCACCAUUGCUACAGGUUUGGCUAUUGAUGCUUAUGGGCCCAUCAGUGAUAAUGCUGGAGGUAUUGCUGAAAUGGCUGGCAUGAGCCACCGAAUCCGUGAGAGAACGGAUGCUCUUGAUGCUGCUGGCAACACCACUGCUGCUAUUGGAAAGGGGUUUGCCAUUGGAUCUGCUGCACUAGUGUCCUUGGCCCUAUUUGGUGCCUUUGUGAGCCGUGCAGCUAUAUCAACUGUAGAUGUCCUAACUCCUAAGGUCUUUAUUGGCCUGAUAGUUGGUGCCAUGCUUCCUUACUGGUUCUCUGCUAUGACAAUGAAGAGUGUGGGAAGUGCAGCUUUGAAGAUGGUUGAGGAAGUUCGCAGACAGUUCAAUACCAUUCCAGGUCUCAUGGAGGGUCUUGCCAAGCCUGAUUAUGCUACCUGUGUCAAGAUUUCUACUGAUGCAUCCAUCAAGGAGAUGAUUCCACCAGGUGCCCUUGUCAUGCUUACUCCCCUCAUUGUUGGAACAUUCUUUGGUGUAGAGACCUUAUCUGGUGUUCUGGCUGGUUCCCUUGUUUCCGGUGUCCAGAUAGCAAUAUCUGCUUCUAACACUGGUGGUGCAUGGGACAAUGCUAAGAAGUACAUUGAGGCUGGCGCUUCAGAGCAUGCAAGAACACUUGGGCCAAAGGGCUCUGAACCACACAAGGCAGCUGUGAUAGGUGACACCAUUGGAGACCCUCUCAAGGACACCUCUGGCCCCUCGCUCAACAUCCUUAUCAAGCUUAUGGCGGUGGAGUCACUUGUCUUUGCUCCUUUCUUCGCCACUCAUGGUGGCCUGCUUUUUAAGAUCUUUUAAGGGAGUCUAUGACGAGAAAGUAUUGUUGGGGAUGGCAAAAGGCUCAGUUUCAUUUAGUUGACGAGAUAACAUUGUUGGGGAUGGCUAAAGGCUCAGUUUCAUUUAGUUCUAUUUUUGGUCCUGAGGAGGAAGAGGCUUAUUUAACUUUUUUUCUGUUUUUUACCAUUUUUCUUGUACCAGUAUACCUCCUUCUUAGGUAGUGUUUUAUUCAAGUUAUGAACUCUGAGAAUCAAUUACAAUCUAGUUUGGCGAGAGCUUAAACAUCAUGAAAUGAUUGUGGAAAAAAGAGGCUCAACGUGGGCCGUGGCCUCUUUAAUUUAUAUGUUUUUCCGUGAUUGGUUUUGAA